UAGAUCGGGUGAUUUGUUUUAAAAAUCUAGUUGGAUGUAAAAGGAGCACAUUCCGUCAACAAAGUAUGUAAAAUGUAAGGUUUUUGAAUGAAUACAAGUCGUGAACAAUGGUAGUUGAAGUAGAGAGUUUUUAUGGUGUGUACAUGCUGUACUGCACUAACCCUAAAUUCAAAGGGCGAAUUUACAUCGGCUUCACGGUAAAUCCAGAGAGGAGGAUUGGGCAACACAACGCAGGGAGACACCGAGGGGGCGCCAAGAGGACCAGUGGACGAGGGCCAUGGGAAAUGGUUCUCAUCAUUCACGGCUUUCCCUCUGAUAUUGCUGCACUGAGAUUUGAGUGGGCUUGGCAGCACCCACACUCCUCUCGGCGGCUGACCCAUGUGACCCGACGCUCUAGGAAAGAGUCAAGUCUGGAGUUCCAUUGGCGUGUGGUGUCCAACAUGCUGCGGGUGUCACCGUGGAAACGUCUGCCCCUCACUGCCCGCUGGCUCAAACAGGAGUACAGGAUGGACUUUGAGCCUAGCCUAGAGCCUCCUCUGCACAUCCCCAUUGCUUUUGGCUGUGUGCGGGCCAAGAAGAAAUCUGUGCUGCCUUCUGGAGAAGAGCAGGAGGAGGUCUCCUGGUGCUGUCUCUGUGGACGAAUUAUUAGGGUGUCAGAGAAACUAAGCUGUUUUCAACCAUUAUGUACAAUGAAAAGCCACAUGAGUUGCCUGGCCAAAUCCUUCCUGAAAUCAGAGCCUGCUCAGCUGCUGCCAGUGGAGGGACCGUGUCCUGUGUGUCACACCACAGUGCUGUGGGGAAGCCUCAUCCGCCACAAACAUGGCUGCUUCGGAGACCUGGAGGAAAUUGCAGGCCCUUCAUCACAGAGUCACUGGGCAGAUGAGCUGCAGAUAUAAUGAAGAGGAGCGUUAUGAACCUACAACCACUUCUGAAUUGUAAAGAAUCAUGUAAUGUUAUGCCACAGUUUAAUGACUUCUACUG